AUGUCGCAGGCGAUAGGGAACACUGCGUUGGCCUAUGCACGCGUAUGGCAUCAUGUCGAUGCCUCCGACCGAGUCCUCGGCAAGCUCGCAGAGCGGAUCGCUAUCGUCCUUAUGGGCAAGCACAAGCCAAUUUACGACCCCGGAGCGGACUGUGGGGACUACGUCGUCGUGACAAACGCGCGAAACAUCAAGGUCACCGGGAAGAAAGCCCAACAGCUCGUCUACCGGCAUCACACGAUGUACCCCGGCGGGCUGAAGGAGAUCCAGUACAAGGAUAUGAUGCGGAGAAAGCCUGACGAGAUCAUCCGCCAGGCUGUCUCCGGUAUGCUUCCUAAAAACAAGCUGCGCGAGCGGAGACUGGAGCGGCUACGCAUCUUCCCAGACGGUGACAUGGGUGUCUUCGAGCAGAACAUCCUGAAGCGGUGGGAGGACGGGACGCUUCCGGCACGGGCAACGUCUCAGGCGCAGACGGCGACCCAGUAG